AUGUCAGCUCAGGAGCUCGUGGCCUGCCUCUGCCAGGAGGGGGACAAGCACCUGGCCCUGGAGGAGCUGCCCUUAGCCACAGCCUUCUAUCUGGCCGCCUUCAGCUGCCAUGCGCCUUCAGCUGUGCGGCAUGUACAGGCUCUUCUGGCUGAGUCGCCAGGGGCACCUGUGGUGGCCACCCUGGAGUCCUGGUGUUGUGGGGACAGUCAGAUCCCUGCUAUCCACUGGGAUGGCAUGACGGUGGUCUCCCUGACUGGGCCACUGGCCUCUGCCUUCCUCGGUGCCAUUUGCCCGGAUCACCCUGCCACUGUCCUGUACCUUUUGGCUGGCCUGCUGGCCCAAGGGCGUCACGUGGAAGUGGUGCAGCGCUGUAACACUCUGCUGGAUGCACACUCCAAGCAGGCCCUGGAGCUUCAGCUGACACGUGCCCUGGCCUGGGUUCUGUCUGUGGACCAGACCAGAGAGGGCAUAGCGGCCUAUCUUCAGAACUUUGCCUCCAGCGCAGCCCGGACAGUGGCCUUCAUUCGUAGCCACCAGCAGCCCUACCUUCCCAAGUUGCUUGGCUGCCUCCAGAACUACCUCUCAGGACACCCGAAAACCAGCGCCAGCCAGCAAGAGACCAACUGCCGGGGACUACUAGAGGCCCUGGACCCCAGAGGCAGCUGGAUGGGUGCCAUGUCACCGGAAGCUCUGCUUCGCAGAGGCCGGUUUGAGGAUUGCAGGGCGGCAUGCAGCCGAGACCUUCAGCCUGACUCAACGGGGAGUAGACCCCAAGGCGAGCACCUGGCGGCCCUGCUGAUCACCCGCGCGGCCGCCACCUUCUUCCAGGAUGGACCAGCUGGGGACAUGCUGCGGGACCUACAGGAGGCCUUCCGCGAGAGCCCCGCCGGCGCACGGAAGCAGUUCCAGGCCCUGCUGUCCGCGGAGGACCGCGAACGCCUGCAGACACAGGCGCAGGAGGCCGCGGGCCUGGGCUUUGCCCGCUUCCUGGAGGCUGUGCGAAGCCGCGAGCUGCGCCGGGAUGCAGACCGCGAGCUCUUGGUUCCCGUGACGCGCGCGCUCCGCGUCCUGCUUCGCGUGGCACCUGCCCGACAGCGACCAGCGCUGGGCAUCCGACUGGCCGAGUGCCUGCUGCUGGCCGGGGACGUGGCGGGGGCUCGCGCGCAGUGUGAGCGCCUCCUCCGUCCCAGGCGUCCGGGGGAGCGCGCGGGGGACCGCACCGGAGAGCACGCGCCGCUGCUAGCGCUGCGCGGCUUCUGCGCGCUGCACGCGGGGGAUGCGCGGCGCGCGCGCGAGGACUUCCAGGCAGUGGUGGAGCGCGCGGCGCCGCACGCGGGAGGCUGCGUGCGCGCGCUGUGCGGCCGAGGGCUGCUACGCGUGCUGGCGGGUAGCGCCUUCCUGGGCGCGCUGGACUAUGUCACCGCCUGCCGGCUGCGACCGGAGGAGGCGCUGCUGAUCGCCAAGGCCUACGUGCCCUGGAACCAGCGUGGGCUGCUGCUGACCGUGCUGCGGGAGGAGGGCCGCAAGAUGCUGCGGCGCUCGCCGAGCUACGCGGGGAAGGCUGCGCAGGCGCAGGAGGGGGAUGCCUAUGGUGUUUACCAGCUGGCCAUGCUGUUAAUUGGGAUGGAUGCAGAGGACGAGACUUCCUGCCUCUUGGCGGCUGAUGCCCUGUACCGCUUGGGCCGUCUGGAUGAUGCUCACAAAUCCUUGCUGGUGGCUCUUUCCCAGAGGCCCCAGGCAGCCCCUGUGCUGGUGCGGCUGGCCCUACUUCAGCUGCGGAGGGGCUUCUGCUAUGAUGCCAACCAGCUAGUAAAGAAGGUAGCCCAGUCUGGAGACACUGCCUGCCUCCAGCACAUGCUGGACAUCUUCCAUCAUGAGGACCUGCAGCUGCUGCAAGACCACUGCCAUACACGGGCAUUAAGCAUUCUGCGGGCUCGGCCAGGUGGGUCAGACAGCGAGGCCCACACCAGGGAAGCCAUCGCCUAUCUCUCUUUGGCCAUCUUUGCUGCAGGGAGUGGAGCCAGUGAGUCCCUCCUUGUCCGAGCCCGCUGUUACGGGCUCCUGGGUCAGAAGAAGACAGCCAUGUUUGAUUUCAACGCCAUACUUCGGGAGGAACCAGGAAAUGUGAAAGCUCUGUGUGGACGAGCUCUCGUGCAUCUGGCCCUGGACCAGCUGCAGGAAGCUAUGGAUGACAUGGUCUCUGCCCUGAAGCUUGACCCGGGCACUGUUACCCCAGAGAUUCUCUCCCUGAAGACAGAAGUUCAGUUGCCCCUCACCCAGGGCCUGUACACUCGCUGCCGGGUCCUCCUGAACCAGUGUCUGAACACUGGGGUGCCCCUCAGGGAAGAGGACACCCAAGGCCUCCUUGCCAUGGGGAAGGCACUGAUUAGAAUAAAUGCUACACAGCCCAAUUGGCACCUGCUUCUCACAGACAUCCUUACAGGACUGGGCAAGUAUCAGGAGGCCGGCACCCACUUGCAAGAAGCACUACACCUCACCCCAUCAUCAGAGGCUGCCCAGGCCCGGCGAGGCUUGCUCCAGCUUAAAAAAGGAGAUGUGUCAGCUGCUGCCCAUGGCUUGCAGUGCCUGGCAGAGAGAGAUACUCAGGACCUUGGCUUCCUGUUACGCCUCCUUGACUCCCCAGAGCGGCAGAGUCUUGCGCAGACAGCUGCCAAGGAAGCAAGCAACAUCUUGGAUUUAGGGAAUCCAGGGCAGGCACUGAGCUACUGUUCUUUGGCCAUCCUGGCCGGAGGCAACAAUCCUUACUAUCUACGUGUCCGAGUGGCCUGCUUGACCCAGCUGCAGGAGUAUGACAGGGCACUCAGGGACCUGGACCGGGUGCUGCAGCACCCUGCAGAGGACAGUGACCUGCCAAGACGGUCGGAAGAUUUCUGCACCCAGGGUCGCCUGCUUCUGAGCCUGGGGGAUAAGGAUGGAGCCGCAGGGGCCUUUACCCAGGCUUUGGCCCUGGCACCAGCCCAGGCUCAAAACAGCCUGUUGGAGCAACCAGGCCAGGCCAUGACAGCCAGUGUGUUCUUGAUCCAUGGCCAGCGCUGUCUAGAGGAGCAGCACUUUGAGGAGGCCUGGACAGCAGUCCAGAAUGGACUCCUGGUGGACCCCAGCCACAGUGGGCUAAAGAAACUGAAGCUGAGAACUCGCAAGGUGGCCACCUCUGGCUGCAGACUACACUAACCUGCUUGACUCCUCUACCAGUACCACUUCUCAUCUAGGAUGCGCCUGGCUCCCCAGAUCCAAGAGUGGUUCUCUCCGCUGGCCACCCUUGCCUGUCCUUUGCUGUGGGAUUAGAGGAGAAACUUCCUGCGUAUACAGAGCAGCUGGCCUGGGUGGCUCACAGCCCCACUGCAGUGGGCAGCCUCAGUACUCUGCUUAUACCUGGGACAUGGGCAAGGUCAGGGUUAGCACCUCACGGCCUAGCGGGAGAGUCGCUGGCCCAAGGAGCCCUUUCUGGGGAAGGAGGCUGCUUAAAGCAGGCCUAGAUUGCUCCAGAUUCCUGGCUGCCUGUGUGGAACUGACCUUGCCUGGUCAUCCUCCAGGGACCCAGUGCCCAUGCCAGCAAGCACAGCCCAGGCAGCCCCUUCCCUCAUAAGGCCGAGAGACCUCAGGCUUCCACUCAGCCUACUGUCCAAAGUGUCAGCGUGUGUUUUGGUGCAUCUGAGCUGAGAUAGCUUUAUGUGGGCAAACUUCCCAUCCAGUCUCGAUCUCUGCCAGGGGGGCUCCAGCCUGUCACCUUCACUACCACCAUCACCAAAGCUGUCUGUCACAGGGGCCGGGCUGGAGCACUUCAUGCACUCACAAUGGACAGGACUGCUUGGCAUGACAUGGCAAACCUCUUCCUUAGCUUCUACAGUGAAGAUGAGAGUGGGGUCUGAGACUUCCCUUUGCCCCAGGCUGCCUUCUCUGCCCCUUCCUCCUGCAGUCCUUUUAGCACCGUUGAAACCCACCGUCUGACCUACACAAACCAACCCCCCCAGCUCAGAUACAGGAUUCCUGAGCCUGCCCAUCCCCAGGUAGUGAUGAAGUGACUGGAUAGGAUUAGCAGUCCCUUCUUAUGAAAGCCUUCUCACCUGCCCUGACAUCCCUCCAUGGUGCGGGAGCCCUCCUCCCCACUGCUGUAAUACCUGAGACCUGGCAAGCUAUGCCUCCGUGUAUUCCACAGGAGGGCCCAGAAAGGCUCUUCUGUGAGGCACACCCUGGUUCCUGCCACCCUUCCCCACCAUAAUCUCUAGGAUAGUCUGGUGCAUGUCUCCACCGGGUUACCCUUUCACCCACCUCAUGUCCAUCUCUCCACCUGGGUGUCCCUUGGCACUGCAGACACCUGUGGACAUCCAGCAGCACCAAGGUCAAGCAGUUGUCACCUGGGUGUGCCCUCCACAUCCUGUGCCUUUGCUGGCUUUCAGCCUAAGGUACCCUGUCAUGCCUAUUCCUUCCAGGAUGCCUCAGCCUUGACAUUCUAAACAUGAAGGAACUCAGAUCUGGCAGAGCUCCUCCCAGCUACCAGGGGCAUCAUCCAGCACCUCGUGGUCUCCCGAGGUCUUAGCUCACUUGCUCUCUCUGCCACUGAUCUGGCACCUUGCUGUGGUCUGAAUAGGUUCCCAAAAAUCCAUGCAUUGAGACCCCACUACUGAUGGGAUGUUGCCAGAAUGUGGGUCUUGUGGGUGGGGAGGAGUUAGGUUGUGAUGAUGGAGCCCUAAAGAUUGGGGUCUGUGGCUUUGAAGGUACUUCAGCCCACCCAUGUAUGAGAACGGAGUCGGGGAGUGCCACCUACAAACCAGGAUGCAGGCCCGUCCCCACAUACCUACCAGGGCUCCUCCUUGGAGUUCUACCUCCACAGCCAUGAGAAAUAAAUCUCACUUGAUAAG